CAAUCACCUUAAGAUCAAGACUUUGACAUAAUGUCGAGGAAAGCUAGCUCAGGUAAUGCAAGACCACAACCUUUCUUCGUUAUUUCAGAUGCAAGUCCUCGCCGCCCUUUCUCGCUCUCCACUUCCUUCGGUCGCGGCUUCGAAGGGCAUUCACUAUCAGAACCACCUCAAAGCAUAAGAACCUUAAGUUUUUGAUCAGCGACCGGACCUCAACCGCGUUCUAGCAACGGCCCCCAACGGGCUCUGAUUGGGUCAAAAGCCAUGGCUCUGUCAAGCCGCGCUUCAAUCCAGACCUUUCUGGCGUCAGCCCUAGUAGCCCUGUGGUUUGCGGCGCGCGCACAGGGGCAGGCGGCGGGAGCCGAAGCCCUGUACUCAGGAGCCCCGGUGCAAGACUUCGCGCCUGGUUUGGCGACUGGCGACUUUGUCAAGUCGUUGACCGGGACCCCACCGGCGGCUAACCCGAGUGGUUCCGGGGGCCAGCUCCGACUGCUCAACGCCAACAAUUUCCCGGCUGUCAUGGGACAGGGCGUCGCUAUCGCUCUGAUCAACUUCAACCCGUGCGGUCAGAACAUUCUGCACACACACCCAAGGGCUACGGAGAUCUCGUACGUCGUCAGCGGCAAAGUACUUGUGGGGUUCGUGGACACCGGAGCCAACCUCACUCUCCAUCUGAACGUCAUGAACCCCGGCGACGUCACUCUGUUCCCUCAGGGCCUGAUGCACUUCCAGCAGGAGAUUGGCAACGCGCCCGCGGUGCUCGUGUCGGCGUUCAACAACGAGAACCCGGGGGUGGUGCCCAUCCCGGCAACCACCUUCCAGUUCCCCCCCGAAAUCAUCGCCGUCGCUUUCGGGCAGACUUCGGUGAACUCGGUUAACGCGUUCUUUGCUAACCUGCCCGCCAACCUGGCGCAAGGGAGCCUCAGCCCCGGGGGAAUCUGCCAGACCAUCUUCUCCAAAAACUACGCCGCGCCAGGCCCCCCGGCCCCUGCCGUGCCAACCUCCCCGGGGUCCGGCUACCGCAAGCUCCUCUCUGGGGAAGAGCUCCCGGGGGAGUUUACCGGGCCGAAGGAGGUCCUCUCGCUCCACUUCGACCCCGGGAUGCUUAUCUCGGGGGGAGGGGAUGUCCUGUCGUGAAUAAGGCAUGAUGAAGAUCUUUUGGGCACAAACCUAAGGGGAAGUGGUCGGGGGUUGAGAUUCGGGAGAUUAAGAGCGGCGGUCAGUUUUAGAGUGGGCCGCAGACGGUUGGGACGCGGGUUCUGCAGUAACCAUUUUCCGCCUGAACGGAGGGGAGAGAUUAGGA